AUGGACGAAGAAGAGGAUGAUCUCUACGCUACCGUCAAAGAAGAGGCGGAGCAGCAGGAAUUGAAGCCUGAUGCCAGCGAUAUCAAAGAAGAGCACAUGCAGGAUGGAGAAGAGGAGGAUGAAGACGAGGAGGAUGAUGAUGAUGAUGAUCAUGUCAACUUCAACCUCGAAAUGAAGGAAGGCGCCAAGACGGAGCAGACCAGCCGACCCACAGUCAAAGCAACACCAUCACAUGAUCAGAGACCAACACCCGAAGUCAAGGCCACAUCAACACCCGCCGUGAAAACCGAGCGAUCAAAACCCACCCCAGCACUACCCACAACCACGACAUCAUCCCGUGAAAUAUUGACAAGCUCCUCAGGGAGAGAAGGAAAGGACUACCCAGCCCCACACACCUCCAAACUCGACCUCGAGACCCUCCCCUCCUGGCCAGGCAACAAUAAACCCAUCACCCAACUCGACAUAGACGCCGACCUCGCUGAACACAGCAAACCCUGGCGAUUACCCGGGACUGAUCAAACGGAUUUCUUCAACUAUGGCUUCGACGAGUAUACGUGGACCCAGUACUGUCUGAAACAACAGACGAUGCAGCAAGGGAUUCAGGAUCAGAAGAAUGCUGAUGCGCACAUGAAGGCGAUGUUUGGUGGUGGUGGUGGUGGUGGGCCGGGUGGACCGGGUGGGAUGCCCGGUGGUCUGCCCGGUGGUGGUAGUGGGAUGGGUGGUCCUGGACCGGGUGGGAUGCCGCCGGAGAUGGAACAGAUGAUGCAGCAGAUGAUGUCGCAGGGCAUGAAUCCGGGGAAUAUGCAGGAUUUCAAUUCGUUCAUGGGGAUGAUGGGUGGGCCGCCUCAAGGUAUGCAGCAGAGUAUGGGUGGUCAGCAAGGCAUGGGAGGUCAGCAAGGUGGUGGGUUCCAGGGUCAAGGUCGGUUUGGUGGGAGGCAGAGUCAGAGCCCGGCGCCUGGAGGUGGUGGACAGCAGGGGUUUCAGCCGCCGCAAGGUCCGGGUGGUGGUGGUGGUGGUGGGAUGAAUAUGGAGGGGUUUAGUCAGCAGCAGAUGGAGAUUAUGCAGAAUGGCGGGAUGGGCGGUGGUGGGGGCGGUAGAGGGCGGGGCAGGAGGGGGAGGUGGUGA